AACUCAAAUAUUGCAAAAGACAAAAUUUAUCUUGAAUUCUUAAUAAGCCCGACCAUAAAUGACACAACCACUGAAACUCUACCCACAUGUGCCGUCUCAUAUAAAAAGUAUUGUGAACCUGACAACUAUAAUCUUUACUGGUGUGCUGAUAAUGCUGAUGCAUUUUUUCAAAAAGGUAAAUUUGCAAGUGACAUAAAAGCAAAAGGAAUAGUAGUAAAAUAUAUCGACACAAGUGACCCAACUGGAAAUUGCGGCUGUGAUAAUCAAAAUCAGUUUAUUACUUUUUCAAUGAUUUUACGUGGUUUUUUAAAUCAAGCUCCUAUCACAGACUGCGAAAAAUUAAAUAAUGUUAAUGUUACUAAGACAUAAAUAUUAAUAUCUAUCUUUUAUAAUUCGUAAUUUUUUUAAUGAAUCUAAUUAUUGACGUAAUGA